AUGUCUAUUCCAUUCCUAAAGCUUCCCUCUGUAGUGCAACUUGAAGUACUGAGACAAAUGGAAUUUCAAGAAGUGUUCUUGUUGAGUCUAUGCUCUGAAAAGUCGAAAAGAGUGGCUCAACGUCUGAGCAUGAGACCAAUGAAGAUUAUAUAUACAUUUCAUGAAAAAUGUGUUCAAGCUUUUGUGGCGUAUGAUCAAUAUGACCGGGUACAUGGUGUCGCUAAUCUGAAAUUUGUUCCAUCCAUUUCUCAGGGGAUACCCAUGAAGCUAGGAAGAAAUGAGAAUAUUUGCAAAUACGUAGAAGAAACUUCAGGAGGGGAAUUCUUGCACGCGUUACAUUGCCUUCAAGAGCACUCAAAUUUGGAAUCUCUUCAAACUCACAUGAACAGCUGGUUCCGUGGUCAACUACAGGUUCAACUAUACGUCUACUCACUUCGUUUUAUGUACCAAUCUGGAAUUAUCAAGGAUGUCACUGAUACAAGUUUCGAAAUAGACGAAUUGAACACGGAGCAACUCGAGAACUAUCUGACCAUUCAUCCAUACCAGGAUAGCCUUCAGUUAACCACCAAAUUUAUUGGACCACCGUUUGGAAAUGACUCAAGAUUAUGGGAUAUCAAAGGAUUGCCUUUUCGAAAUGUGGAAGAUGCGAUUUUGGGUAGGGAAAUAGACGAAAGAAGCCUAUCAAAUUUUGAAAUGUUUGUAUGCAAGGGCACCCAGGAAUACAUCUAUAAUGUUCGAACAUGCCAUGACGAAAUUCAAUUUUGUGAAGUGGGAUGGUCAGAGAAGACCAAGAAUUGCAAAAUGGGAUGCGAAAAUUAUCAAUAUCAAAACGGGUUUUUCUGA